AUGGGCUGCCCGGGUUCUGGGCAGAAAGUUGACCCAGUGUACGGGAAAUCCGGUGUUCGUGUCGACCCAAAUAUCGCGGGAUUUUACUUACGCCACCGCCCUAGCAAUUUCCUGUGCGGGGCCGUAUUUCUCACUGUACACGACGCCGGACUCGGGGUCCGAGGGGAGGCCCGGGACCCCUGGGAUCCCGGAAUGGAGUCCGUGACCUUUGAGGAUGUGGCUGUGAACUUUACUCUGGAAGAGUGGGCUUUGCUGGAUCCUUCACAAAAGAGGCUGUACAGAGAUGUGAUACAGGAAACCUUCUGGAACCUGGCUGCUAUAGGAAAAAAUUGGGAGGAGCAAAACAUUGAAGAUGAAUAUGAAAAUUCAAGGAGAAAUCUAAGAAGUCAAGUGGUAGAGAGUUUCUGUGAAUAUAAAGAAGGUAGUCAAUGUGGGGAAAUCUUCAGCCCGCUUCCAGAUCCUAUUGGGAACAUGAAAACUUUUCCUGGAGUAAAACUAGGUGAAAGCCAUGUUUGUGGAAAUGUCCUUAUUGUUCCUUCAUUCCUAAAUUUGUCCCUCAGGGAGGACACUGAGCAGGAACCGUAUGUGUAUGAGGAAUAUGGAGAGAUGUUGGAUAAAUUUGAGGAACCCGGGAACGCCUUCCGUUUUCCCCAGUGGUUUCACAUGUAUGAAAGGACUCCAGCUGGAGAGAAACCCUAUGAAAGUGAAGCAUGUGAUAACUUUAGGUGUUUCAGUUCUCUUCAAAACCAUGAAAAGCUUCUCUGUGGAGAGAAACAGCAUGAAUAUAAGCAAUGUGGGACACUCUUCAGGAGUCACAGUUAUGUAGGUAAGCAAUGUAGGAACACCUUCACAAGUCUUGCGCACAAGCAGAGACCCACGAUAGCUCAUACUGGAGAUAGACCCUAUAAGUUUCAGGUGCCUGAUAAGGCCUUUGACGGUUCCAGUUCAUUUCUCAUGUACGAAAGAAAUCACACUAGAGAGAAACACUAUGAAUGUAACCAAUGUGGGAAAACUUUCGCUUUUUCUAGUUCUUUUCGAAGACAUGUACGAACUCACAGUGGAGAGAAACCCUACAUAUGUAAGCUAUGUGACAAGGCCUUCAGUUGUUCCAGGUCUCUUCAAAGACAUGAAGAAGCUCACAAUGGAAGGAAACGUUAUGUUUGUAAGCAAUGUGGGAAAACCUUUAGUUCUACUAGUUACAUUCGAAUACAUGAAAAAUCUCACACUGGAGAAAAACCUUAUGUAUGCAAGCAGUGUGGGAAACCCUACCACAUUCCCAGAUCUCUCAGAAAACAUGAAAUAACUCAUACUGGAGAGAAACCCUUCGUAUGUGGGCAAUGUGGGAAAGCUUUCCAUUGGUCCAAUUAUCUUCGAGUACAUGAAAGAGUUCACACUGGAGAGAAACCCUAUAUAUGCAAGUAUUGUGGGAAAGCUUUUAGUUCUUCCAGUUAUAUUAAAAUACAUGAAAGAACUCACACUGGAGAGAAACCCUAUGUAUGUAAGCAGUGUGGGAAAUCCUACUGUGAUUCCCGUUCCCUAAGAAGACAUGAAAGAAGUCACACUAGAAAGAAAUCCUGCAUACGUAAGGUAGGAAGGCCUCCAAUCUGUACAGUUCCCUUCACAAAUGUGAAAGAACUGGCCCUAGAGAGCAAUCCUAAAUACAGAAAGGGAGAAGGCAUCAUUAACACAGGACCUUUCUAGGAACAUGGAAAGGCACAUAGAGAGAACCAUAAGUUUGUAGUGUGUAGGAAUGUGUCUAGUCCUUUGGUUCCACACUGAUAUGAAACUACAGAAUAUGGCGGAGAUUACUCGAAGAGAUGUGAAGUCUUCAAAUGAUCCCCAUGUAAAAAGGCACCCUGGGUCAAAAUUCUGUGCGUGUGAAAAACCCAUGAAACUUGCCAGUUGUAAAAAUAGUUUUAGAGUCCUGUGAAGAGUGCUUACGUAUGUAGUAGAAUUUUGUAAAUGAGAGUAAUAUAAUGAGGUCGAUGCAAAUUAAUUUGUGUACAGUGCUCCAAAGAAUAUAUCACCUGAAGGAAAUGUACUAAAAGUUACACAUGUGUUAUGAUUAUCAGUAACUCAUUACGGAAGAUCUCUGGCUGUGUAAAAGUUUUCAAGAUUAUUUUUUGAGACAGGAUCUUGCUGUGUUUCUAAGGCUGGCCUCAAACUGGUAAUCCACCUGUCACAGCCUCUGUGAGUAGCUGAAAUUACAGACAUACUCCACUGUGCUCUUUUUUUAAUGUAAUUGUUCUUGAAAACAAACACGGAAGUGACAUAACAAGUUUUCUUUAAGCAGUAUGGUAUAACUUUAAUAGGUAGCAUUUUUAGGCUUAAGUUUUAUGUCAUUUUUUGAAUAAUGUUGUGGUUAAUUGACUAUUGAAACAUGAAUUUUUUUAAACUGUUGGGUUUUUCCUACUGGCCUGAUGUGGCUGGUUCUGAACUCUGUGUGUGUGUGUGUGUGUGUGUGUGUGUGUGUAACUUUGUAUUUCAUGAAUAAAUUGCCUUUGUAGGUGAUUUUUAUAUUUUUUGCUUUUGAUGUAUAUUUUUUCAAGCAAGGUUUCUGUACAUACUUUUUAGAAAGCUUAUGAUUUCAAACAUCCUAUAGAAUAACAGUGUUAUCAUAUUCAUUUACUGAGGUGAUAGUUACAAAUAUCACAUUGUAAUAUGACAUUAGAGCAAGAUUAUAAGUUUAUCACAUUUGCUGUUGAAAAAUAUCACUUACUUAUAACUACAGAUGUAUCUUUCCCUAUGGAAAUUUUACUUUUCAUGUUUAUAUUCUUAUAACUUGUGUUUUGACUUGUAAUUUUUUCACUCAUCAUAGCCAAAAAGUACAGCAUGCUGGUAUGACUGAUGUCUUGCCAGAGUACACCAGGGUUAUGCCUCUUGUGGUUUAUGGUGUAAAGUCGUAGCAUAAUAAAUCUAUCCGUACACCAUAACUGCCUCUGUGGUUUAUCAGUGAGAGCAGUUUCCAUUUCUGGUGGGAUUUGCAUUUGUUUUAGAGGAAAUGAUUGCUGUUUGGUUCAGUAAGGCAUCUCCCGCUGGGGUGCACUAGGAUGUGAACUUAGUUCUGUCUUUGACAUUGUCAUAGUUCUUACCUUGAAGGCUGUAGUAAUGAAGUGAAGGAAAGCUAAUGUAUGAGAAGUACCAGCCAGUCACAUUAUGGAGCAGAGAGAAUUGCACCCAGUUGUGUGUUUCAUCAACUUUAGAUAAACAUAUGUAGGAUUUCUUACUA